CUCCACUGUAAACAUCAACAAGCUACUACAAGAACAUGUUUAUGUUUUACUGAUUUUCUUAAGAAGAAAAAUGCACCACGAAGCUCAAACUAAAGGCUAACCUCAUCAGAAGGCAGCUAGAAAUCAUAAGGCAGCUACAUCAGCAGGCGCCAUGUUGGUUGAGCGCUAUAGACCUAUUCUCUAUCUGCAGUACUUGCUGCUGUUUGUGGAUCUGUUUAUGAACUCUUUUAUCGAGUUGCUGCGUUUUGAAAAUGUCAUACUCCUAGUUUUAUUGGUGAUCCAGGAUGUGUGCAUACUGUUCGCUGCUAUCGUCGUCUUCCUGCUGUUCUUCAACACCUUCAUCUUCCAAGCCGGUCUUGUCAACAUUCUUGUGAACAAGUUCAGACUGCCUAUUACCGUGAUAUUCAUCUACUUCUGCCUGUGUGUUGGGCUGCAUGUAUGGUACAUGACAUUGCGCUGGGAAGAUCCAAACACCUACAUUUGGGGGAAUAAAGGAGUCAGGGCCUUAUUUAUCAUCCAAAGAGCAGCCUCUGUGUUCUACUACUACUUCUACAAGAGAACGUGUUUGAAGUUGGCAGACCCAAGGUUUUACCAGGACUCAGACUGGAUCAAGAAAGAGUUUGAAAAGCGACGAUAGUGCUCCCUCAUAUUUACAAUAUGUUUAUCAUUCUGUGAUAUUGGAUUAUUAUGGUCGCAUAUAACUGCCAUAAGAUAACCUGUUAAUGGUCGUGAAUUGUUUCGUGAUAACCACUUAAUUUUCUCGCUAUUUAUCUAGCUAUCUAGUUAAUAUUCGCGAAUUUUUUUCGGUAAGAUAAAUAUCAUGAGACUAAUAACUGGCUUGAAAGUGCCGAGAACUGCCACCUGUUACCUUUUUUAGCUGUACAAUAUUAUUAUGUUAUUAAUUAGGUGAUUUCAUAUUGGCCUAGUUAUUUGUCCGAGGUUAGCUGAAUUUGCCUGAGCCCUAUUACCAUUUUGGUUAAAAACAUUCUUAUAACUUACCUUUAGUUCACAGUGAAGCCGUAUUUAUCCCUUAUUCAUUCAUGGUGUCUGCCUUUCUAGACUUGACUUUGCUGAUUUUGACAUGCUUUUGUACAUUGUAAGGAAGCAUGUCUUUUCGUCUUAAAUUCAUAAAUCAUUUGCCAAAACGUCAAAUUUUUCGUCUUCGUCGUCCAUUUUGUCGUUGUACAAAAUCAUAAUAGUCAUAAAAUCCACAAACGGGUUAAAUACAACUGUAAUAUCAAGCCGUACAAGGUGGUUCAAUCAUUCAAUAGGUUCAAGUAUUCCAAAUAGGUUUAUACAAAGCACAAAUUUUUCAAAACAGUCGGGAAACGAAAAACAAAAUGGCUACCUUUAAAAAUAAUUUCCGGCAUAUUUCUCAUAUUAGGCGAGUUUCGACAGCCAAUGAAAAUGGCCCAUUUCUCAAAUCCUAUAUAAGGCGAGUUUUUUAGCCAAUCAAAGCGAUGGAAACUCAUAUUAGACGUGUUUUGUUGAUAUUUGCCGUGUUUGACCGAUAUUGAGCGAGUUCAGCAUAUAUUGUCUUCAAUUGUCUGGUAUUGGUACCGCAGUUGUCUCUGUAUCUCGCCAAAUACGUAAUAGUUGAUUAAUAAUAACUGGUAAACAAGUAAGGUUUGUGAAUUCCAUUUAAUAAGUAACAUUUAAAUUGGUUAACUAGAUCAGAUUUGUGUUACCACUUACCUAUAAAUGCACUUUUGGCUUCUAUAACUGGUUAUCUAGUUCUGAUUUGUGAAUUCCUCUUAGUAAAUAACUUACUAACUGGUUAACAAGAUAAGAUUCGUGUUACCAGUUACCUAUAAAUGCAUUCAGGUGCUAAUAGGUUAUCUAGUUAUGGUUUGUGAAUUCCACUUAGUAAGUAAUAUACUAACUGGUUAACUAGAUAAGAUUUGUGUUACCACUUACUUAGUAAAAUUCACAAAUCAUAUAUGACCAGGGGCCUUAUUUAAAAAGCAUCUUAGUGAAUAUUUUCUCCUUAGUAAGAAUUUCGUUAUUUUUAAGAACGAUUAUUUUAAAUACCCACUACUUUUCAUCAAAUCUAUUCAUAUGCAUAUAUUGUUUAGACCAUUAUCUUGCAUGUUUUUAUAUUUUUGGUGUACAAACAUUGUUCGUUUUCUUAAAAUUCAAAUUAGAAAAAAGGUCAUUUUUCACUAUAAAGUUGAAAAUUGUUACUAAGAUGCUAAUUGAAUACGGCACCAGUUGUAUAAAUAUAUUUGACAGAUAACAGCUAAUAUACCAGUCAUUAUGUUAGUUAUUAAGUGGAAUUCGCAAACCAUAACUAGUUAACAAGUUAGUGUUGUAUAGCUAAAAAGGGUAUUAGGUAGCAGUUCUGGGCACUUUCAAGCCUGAUUUUUAUUCGGUUAACACAAAACAAGUCGUGAACGCUAUCAGGUUAUCUUACAGCAGUAUUAUGCCACCAUAAAUUAUAGUUAAUUUAGGUUAUACCUUCAUCUUUUUGUAAAUAUUUUUUGGAUGUUGUAUUUGAAAUUAUAUCAUGUUGUAAAAUAUUUUCAAUAGUUAAAAGAAUUCUUGUGUGAUUCAGGACAAGUGUGUCAAAAAAAAACAUACAUCAAGCCAUAGUGAUACUAAAAAUCUAAACCAUUUAAACAUACAACCCACCCGAGAAAGGCACAUUUAAAUUUGACCGUUCCGCUUGAGAAUUUCUUUAUAUUUACUGUAGCAAAAAAGCAACAAGAACCUCCCCAUAUAGAUUGACAAUACAGGAAACUCCCCCUAUAGAAUUCCAAUACAGGACCCCCCCUCCCCGCCACACCCACCCCUAUAGAAUGUCUUAAUAUUGCCUUCCUGGAGUGACUAGUAUGUUUAAAUGGAAUAGCCCAAAGUAAGGAUGCACACAGAUUUAUAUAAUGUAUGACACAAUACAGGUUCUUUUAAAUCUGCAAACUUUACUCGUGUUAUGCUUGAAUAUACCUUUGUUAUUCAAUUUUAGAUACAAACCUAAUAAUACGCAAGUUUCUUUACUUAAUUUCCAAUUUCAUAUAUUUUUAAACACAGUGUAGGAUGUAGCAAGUGAUGUGAGCUAUUUGAAGAUUAGAUAAAUGUUUCCGUCCAUGUUUACUUUUUAGCUCGACUAUUCGAAGAAUAGGUGGGCUAUACUACUCGCCCCAGCGUCGGCAUCGGCGUCCGGUUAAAGUUUUAGGGAAAGUUGGGAUUUUCACUUAUAAGUCCAAUACCCUACAUUCAAUUGACUAAAUACUUCAUGCAGUUGUUCAGGACCAUCACAUAAUGAGGUUAGAUAACUCCAUAUUAUCUUUUAUACAAAUUAUGGCCCCUGAUUGAUUAUGGAACUUAGGUUAAAGUUUUAGGGCAGGUUGGGAUAUUGUUUAAUAACUUCUAUACCCUUCAUUCAAUUGACCUAAUACUCCACACAAUUGUUCAGGAGUUACAUAACUCCAAAUCCUUAAUACAAAGUUAAAGUUUUAGGCAAGUAAAAGUUAAGGGCAAGUUGGGAUUUUAAUAAAAAAAACUUCUAUACCAUUCAUUUAAUGCACUUAAUAAAAUUCAAAAUUAUUUACGACCAUCUUACAACAAGAAACAUAACUCCGUUUUAAGCCUUAAUACAAAUUAUGGCCCUUGAUUUUUUUUAUUGAUUUUUUUAAAAAUUUCCUUUGAAAGGCAUAUUUGUAUAUUCUUAACCACAUUUUCAUAAUGGGAAAUCAAGUUAUUUGAAUGACUUGCGUCAUUAUUUGGGCGGGCUGGUGGGAGGGCAGCAUCAAAGUCACCUUAUGUAUCAAAUAAUUUUAGUUAGGUUUGACAUAAAGAGACCAAACUUGGUAUUAUUACAUCGUUAUUGUAUUCUAAGUCAAAGCGGCGUAGUCGAGCGUGCUGUCUUACGACGGCUCUUGUUGUACUAACAGUAAGUUAUUAUUAUUGUGUGUGUUUUUACAUGAACCUUUUAUCAUUGAGGCAUUGGCAAAAUUUGUAAGGUUCAUUUGAAAUAUACAAACGUGGAUCUGUGUUAGCUCGAUCUAUUUCAGUUUGCAGACUGCACCAAUAUUCCGAAUAAAGACAGACAGAUAGUGGGGAAGUACAAUGUGCCAAAUGUAACCCUUUGUUUUAGGUGUGGCUAAAAUGAAUAUGUAAUAUGUGUUAGAAAUAUUGAUAUACAGCCAGUAAAGUGUAUGUCUAUCUCUUAAGAAAAUGUAACAAAUAUAUAUAUAGGAAUCUUUCAUUCUCAUAACAUUGGUAUCAACAUUAAGUGAUUGACAUAGAAAAUUAUUGUUGACCAUUAACCGGAAACUGUUUGAAAUGUUAAAACCAAACAUGGACUAUACCAAUAUUUAAUAUUAAGUCCUAAACAAUCUAACAGUUAUGACCUUUGAUCUUAUAAUGAGGUUGUAUUCUGAUGGGAUUUUAUUUUUAUCGUAUUAGAUUUAGUACAGUUUGUCAAAGAAACAUAAAAUGCCUUGUGAAUGUGUAUAAAAAAAAAUAUUAUAUAUAAAAGUUGUAAUAAAUUAUUAUAAAAUAUUC